AUGAGCGACCGUUGGGAAACGUUCCCGGUAUGGCAGGUGUCUGUUCCAGCUCUGGCUUCGGACCAUCCAUUUCUCAGGCACGGCCUGCUGGCUCUGUCAUCGAUGCACUUGCGAUACACGUCUCCACCCCUGCUGCAGUCGAGGUAUCUAGAUCUGGCAACUCAGCACCAAGCCCUAGCUCUAGCGGACUACAUUCCUGAACUGCGAACCAUAACAUCGGGGAACUGUCAUGCUCUUUUCGCUUUUUCCGCGUUGCUUCUUCCCAUUCGAUACUCUUUCAUCUCAGCGACGGAUGGAGAGAUUGGCACCGAGGAAGUGCUUGGCGAAAUCACUUCUGUUUUCGACUAUGUCAUUGGCGCCACCAUCAUCGCCUCCCAGGGGGAGGCUUGGCUGCGAUCCGGUGUGCUGUAG